CGCCCCGUGACGCUUGAGAUCCUCCCCGGAGCCGCUGACGCCGUGCGUGGAGCGCUGGCUGUGGGUGCUUCCUCGGCGGCGCUCAUCCCGUCGCAUAAACUGCCGCUGUUCCUUCCCAGCCUCUUCCAGCCGGCGCAGGGUUCAGCCACCUCGACGCCCGCCGUGUUCCACGUUGCGUGUGAGUCCAUCUGCUGCGACAUGACCAUGGUCUCGGCUGUCGAGGAGGCCACCGGCGUCACGCCCACACGGGCCUCUGUACGCUCGGGCGCGCUGCUGCUCAACUCGGCGUCGCCUCAGGAAUGCCACGACCUGACCGUCGUGGCCCACGUGGCGGCGCAGCGCCUGCACAAACUGCGGGUGCACUUCUACGACGGCGCGCGCGUGGCGCGGGAGCUCGCCAAGGUGGACACUCUGACGGAGGAGUCGAUCGAGACGCUG